AUGAUGCUGCAUCGGUCUGCGUAUCGGAUGGCUCUAUGACGUCGACGCCGACGCCGACUUUUGCGGGAUGGGCCUCCGUCCCUUUAUUGAUGAUGUCCCUAAUGUCUGUAACGGGCCAUAAUGGAUUGGAUGUAGGCAGAUAGCGCGAUGGACCUGGACCGGUGUGGAUACGUUAAUUUAUUUCCGUUCUUUGUGUUCCCGUCGCCAGCUCUUGCAGUCCCUUUGUUUGGCCCAAGAAAAUGGAUCAAUAGUUUCGGUCUCGACCCAUGGGCGGGCGCGUUGGGAUUCCCCGAAGCUAUUGGCGUUAGGGUCGAUCCCUUCGAAGGCUAGGGUAGGCUAGGGUAAAUUUAGUAGCGACGCCAGGGGGGGCCGAACAAUCCGCCACGCAGUCCGGUCGAGGAUCACCGACAUGACGCACUGCGACGGCUUAUUUUUCCUUUGACCGGGGUUACAUCGCGAUGAUUGGGUGCCUCGGAAUCGAGGGCGCGAUCUUGCCAUCCACCGCGAUCGAAGGACUCCGGAGAUGCACGAACGUUACACGUCGCGUUCAGAAUGUUGGUCGAUUUCUCUCCCCUCUCAUGCAAUGCAGACCUGGCAUGGCAUGGCAGGGUGUCCCUCCGGAUGAUGUCAUGGAGGGGAGGAUUGUGUGUCGGGCAGAGGGUGAAGUCGCAAAGUUGGAGCCUUGGUCGAUGGUUUCGCCGACGGGUGGAUGGGAACC